UGCCGAUUUGUUUGAUUUUAUUUUGGCUAAUUUAACAAAAUUUAUCAUCAAUUUUUAUAGUGUUUUUUUUGCUGUGAACUGUUGCUAUUUGAUAUCGAACCACUUUUUCAGGCACCACCACCAACAACAACAAAAAAAGGAUUCGAAAAUGUUACAAGAUCCAACCAUAACAAGUUCUAUCAAGAAUGAUAAUGAACUUCAUCAUUCAUCUUCGUCCAAUAGUCUGUUUACAUCGAUUAAUAAUAACAACGAUGAUAAACAUGAUAUUACCGGUGAACAAUAUUCAUUCAAUUGUUUGACAAUCGGUAAUAAUAUGAAUGUUGCUGGUUCUGCAAGACGUGGAAUAUUUAGUUUCGGUGAUGUUGAUAGUACGGAAAUUUUCGAUCCAAUUGGCAAUUAUGAUCCGCUUAAAUUUAUUACUGACAAUGAAAAUCAUCAUCAGCCACAUGAUGAUAUGAAAUCAACAGAAUCGGUAUCUAUUGAUAAUGGAAAUUCCUUAGUAGUCAAUGAUGAUAAUCCAGCUAAAACUUUUAUGCAAAAAUUAUUGGCUUUACAACAUCAACAAUCGCAGCAAUUUAUUGGUACUGAAUUGAAAGUUAAUCUGGAUCCAAUAUCAUCAUCUGCAUCAUCAUCAUCGUUGGAAAAUAUCAUAUUGGAAAAUGAUGAUGGAAUGAAUUCAUGUUCACAGCAAAGUAUUAGCAAUAGCAGCAGUAGCUGCAAUGCAAGUAUUGCAUUUUCAUCCAUUUCACCGGAUGGUGAUCUUGAUAUUGCAAUUGAUUUUGAUGAUAUGUUAAUGGCUACUCCAUCAACAUCAUCGGCAUCAUCCGUAAUUGAUAAUAAUAAUCGGCUACCAUUACAUAAUCGUAAUUAUCAAGAAGCACGUUAUAAAACAGAAUUAUGUCUACAUUAUCGUGAACGAAAUUUUUGUCCACAUGGACAACGUUGUUUAUUUGCACAUGGUUUAGAAGAAUUACGACCAUAUCGUGGCCGACAUCCAAAACAUAAAACACAACGUUGUAAAGCAUUUCAUGAACAUGGCUUUUGUAAUUAUGGUUAUCGUUGUUCCUAUAUUCAUUCAGAAUCACCACGUACAAUUGAAUAUAUAAAAAAAUUGAAUCAUCGUGCACAGAUUGUUAAACGUAAUCGUAUGAAUCUACAGAUUCGUAAUAUGAGAAAACAGCCAUCAAAUCAACAUUUGCAACAAGAUAAUCAUUAUAAUAAUAAUCAUCAUCAUCAUCAUCGCCAUAACCAUCAUCAUCAUCAUCACCAACACCAACAAUCACAACGACAAGAACAACAUCAAAAUCAAUCGGUCAAUCAUCGUUUGGAUGGUUCAUUGCUUUCUGAUGAUUGGUCACGAUCAUCAAAUGCAUCUUCGUUUUUACAAUGAAAAAAAAAUAUUUAUUCAAAUCAUAUACUGGUUUAAUCCUUCGUUUUCAUUUUAUUAUUUAUCAUCAUCUUUACACAAAACUGACAAUCCAAUUAUCAUUUAUCGGUAUCGUAUUUAUUCAAAGAAAAAAAAAAAAUAAUCAAAUUUUCACAUUUGACAUAUAAAAUUUGAAUAUAUAUUCUACUUGAUGGUUAUGUUAUGUUUGAUAUCAUAUGAUGGUAAGUGUAAAUUGGAACAAAAUUUAUCCAUUCUAUAUAUGGCUUCGUGUUUGGUUAUGAUUACGAUUUUCAACACACACAUGCACACACACACACACACACACACACAAAACAAUUGUUUGAAUCUAUAACAAAAUUCUUUAAAUUUUUUUUCCUAAAAAAUUUUGCCAAUGGAAUAUUUAUCCAGGUAUUUAUUAAUUUUAAAAACACUGAAUUAGUACCUAUAAUUUGUGAUUUGAUGAGAAUGCUGAUUGAUAUUCUGUGUAUCAAGUUUUAUUUAUAUGGUGAAUUUUUUUUUAAUUUUA